CUUCAACCUCAGACACCUUCAACCCCAGACACCUUCAACCUCAGACACUUUCAACAUCCACGGUUGUCUUCUCUUCCCACAGAAGCCAUGUCGACCACCGGAGAAGCAAGCUUCAAGGCCGCGCAAACCGCCCUCAAAGAUGCCUUCCGCACUGGUAAAUUCCCCACCGACCUCGCCUCCGUCGUCAAGGGUAAGACCACCGACGUCGACGGCUUCAUUAAGUGGCUCGACACCAACACCCCAGCCCGGCGGUCGCCGUGCUCGGCCGCCGACGCGUUGACCAAGCUCAAGGCGACCAACUUCGCCGACUUCGCCGCCGUUGUCACGCUGGCCGACGCCAUCGACGGCGGCGAGCCCAUCCCGCUCUUCAAGACGGCGGACCGCGAAUACGUCGUCGUGACCACGCGGCCCGUCCUGAGCGUCGCCGGAGAAAGCAUCACGGCUACCACGGCGCCGCCGCCGGGAAGCAAGGUCAGCGUGCACCCGUACGUGUACGACCUAGUGCAGACGUCUGCGACGGGCGGCACACUAGCGCUGCCGCGGUUCGCGUACGCGUUGGGCGUGCUCAAGACGCGCGCGCUAAACCCGACCGCGGACACUCCGUACGAGGAGACCAACUACGGCGUGGUGGUCGACGUGGCCGGCACCAGCCACGCCGUGUGGCUAGUGUACAACCGCGCGCCGUACGACGUCGAGACGGGCGAGAAGGCGGUGGCCGACCCGGCCGAGAUGCCGGCCGUGUUCGCUGGCGUCGGCGCCCCGAACCCCGACGCCGCCCAGGCUGUCGCCGCGCUCAAGGACUGGAGCGUCACGGCGCUGCUGGCGCAGACCGUUGUCGAGGGCCUCGUCAAGAGCACCGCGCGCCGCGGAGCCGUUGCGGCCAAGGCCGCGUGGAUAGAUGAUCUGGCCAAGGUGGUCACGCUCACCAACCUCCCGCCGCCCCGGGCUGCUCCUCAGGCUCCUUGAGAAGGCUGCUGCGGUAAUGGUAUGGGCUUUGGUGAGCAGUGCGUUGAGUGAUAUUGAGCCGUCGGCUGCGGCUUGAUAAUUAGUCGUACAGUAGCCACAGAGAGAAUGGUAUUUACUUAUUUAGUCCGGUGUGGUUAGUGAACUGUUGCAACCUUUUGGAUACGUCUUCAGACAACUUUGUCCUGUGAUGGACUGCAGAUAAACUGGGGUGGUCUUUCACAACUCCCCCAUCUGUGACUGUCUUACACACUAGAACAUCCCGCAAAGGGGCAUCAUCAAGAAACUACAAGUAUGUUAUUGUGGCUCGCGAAGCCUCACAUGAUAAGAUAUUUUGAAUUGCUCGCUCAAAGUACGGAAUACUUUGAUAAGAACCGAGCAAACUUUCAAUUGAAAACUUGUUGGCUUCAUCUCUGAC